GCUAAGAUUUUUUUUUUUCCGCCAUGUUCAUUUUUUCAUUAUCUGUUUCUUUCUUUCGCUUCUGUCAUUUCCGUGACUUGCUAGUGUGCUUAGACAUACAACAUGCAGAACGACGCCGGAGAAUUCGUUGACUUGUACUGCCCGAGGAAAUGCUCGGCCAGCAACCGUCUGAUCCACGCGAAGGACCACGCGUCGGUGCAGCUGGUGAUCGCGGACGUGGACCCCGCCACGGGCCGCGCCGCCGACACCGCCAAGAUGUACGUCGUGUGCGGCGCCAUCCGCCGCAUGGGCGAGUCCGACGACUGCAUCGUGCGCCUCACCAAGAAGGACGGCAUACUGACUAAGAACUACUGAAGUUAUUUAGUCAUGUAAGGAGCAUAAUUUUAAGGAAAAUAAAAAAAAUGUAAAAUUGC